AUGGGGAAUCAGAACGAGACAGACAACAUGGAGCUUUGUGAGGACAGCAAAGACUCGGUGGCUUCCGUUGACACCAUGACGGAUGAGCCCAAAGCGACAACAUACCCCAAGAAGAACGUUGCAAGGGCCUGCCCUCCUCCGUCGCAAUGUAAAUGUGGUGCUCUGAAGGUAGGGUUUCUCCAUGAAUUUGCUGGCCGUUCAGAUUACUGAGACUGGUCCAGAGGCUUUUCAGGUUUACUCAGCUACUUGUAUCUUGGUAAGCACGACACGCUAUGCAGUGUCUUGCUGAAACACCGUAGGCUGGUUUGCCUGGGUGUCUGCCCUCGCUGGUAGCACAUCUGGCUUGGCCGCCCUUCUGCAAGCUUUGAUCCAGGAGAACAUGCCCGAAGUAUCCGGCGGAACAAUGGCACCUCAAGCUCAUCAUGUGGGCUUUACUGAUCAGUGUCGGCCUGAUGAACAUGUAUAUCUAUUGGCUCAUCCCGUGGUUGGAGCUAACUGUUGUCCUGCAUGUCAUCCUCUUCAUCAUCUUCGUCGUAGUU